AUGACAGACGUAGCAGGCACAACGGAUUUCCAAAACAGCAGCGGUGCCACCACCACCGCCGCCACCGCCUCGCUGCUGCUGUUUUCGCAAGAAGAUUUCGACUUGCAGAAAAACGAACGACUCCACCUUUUCCCACGAGACCGAAUCCAAGCACUCGCAUCAACCGGAGCCGUGAUUGGCGGCAUGCUAGGCUUCUACGAAGGAGUGCAAAAAGCAGCCGCGAGAUACUUGGUCGAGAACGCCCAUAGACUACCCACGACGAAAGGCGGCUGGUAUUUCUACCACAAGAGGAAAAACUAUGAGAUGAUUGUAGGCGGGGUAUCGCUGGGGAUCAAGUCCAGCGUCAAGUAUGGUGGGUUCAUUGGCGCGCUCGCUUUGAUUGAAAGCGGACUCGAUUUGGCUCGUGGACAACUAGAUUUUGUCAAUACUACAUUGGCGUGCUUUGUUGGCACUACGCUUAUAACGCGGUAUAAGCAGUUGGGCACGUUACAGGCUCGCAAGAUGGUUUUCAGGGGUACUGUUGCUGGGCUCUUGGUUGGGUUGGCUCAGGAUGCCAUGAUCUAUGCCCGGGGAGGCAGAGUCUGGUAUGUGAAUGAAGCUAAAAAGAGAUUGCACUGA